AGCGGAGCCGCGGCCAGCUCUGGGGGGCGGGCGCUGGGGCGCAGCGCCGCGCAGCCCUAUCUGUCCGCGGAGCGCGCUGAGCUGGAAGCCGGACGCGGCCGCGGGAGGCUGGAGAUGGGGGCAGGUGCCGCCGGCUGCGCCAUGGACCGGCCGCGCCUACUGCUGCUGCUACUCCUGGGGGUGUCCCUCGGAGGGGCCAAGGAGUCCUGCCCCACGGGCCUGUACACCCAUAGUGGUGAGUGCUGCAAAGCCUGCAACCUGGGCGAGGGUGUGGCCCAGCCUUGUGGAGCCAACCAGACUGUGUGUGAGCCCUGCCUGGACAGCGUGACCUUCUCUGACGUGGUGAGUGCCACCGAGCCGUGCAAGCCGUGCACCGAGUGCGUGGGUCUGCAGAGCAUGUCGGCGCCUUGCGUGGAGGCCGACGACGCCGUAUGCCGCUGCGCCUACGGCUACUACCAGGACGAGACGACGGGCCGCUGCGAGGCGUGCCGCGUGUGCGAGGCGGGCUCAGGCCUCGUGUACUCGUGCCAGGACAAGCAGAACACCGUGUGCGAGGAGUGUCCCGACGGCACCUACUCCGACGAGGCCAACCACGUGGACCCGUGCCUGCCCUGCACGGUGUGCGAGGACACGGAGCGCCAGCUGCGCGAGUGCUCGCGCUGGGCCGACGCCGAGUGCGAGGAGAUCCCUGGCCGUUGGAUCACACGGUCCACACCCCCGGAAGGCUCAGACAGCACAAUCCCCAGCACUCAGGAGCCAGAGGCACCUCCAGAGCAAGACCUCAUAGCCAGCACGGUGGCCAAUGUGGUGACCACAGUGAUGGGCAGCUCUCAGCCUGUGGUGACGCGAGGCACCACAGACAACCUCAUCCCUGUCUAUUGCUCCAUCCUGGCCGCUGUGGUGGUGGGGCUGGUGGCCUACAUUGCCUUCAAGAGGUGGAACAGCUGCAAGCAGAACAAGCAAGGAGCCAACAGCCGGCCUGUGAACCAGACGCCCCCUCCGGAGGGAGAAAAGCUCCACAGUGACAGCGGCAUCUCCGUGGACAGCCAGAGCCUGCAUGACCAGCAGCCUCACACGCAGACGGCCGCCGGCCAGGCCCUCAAGGGUGAUGGAGGCCUCUACAGCAGCCUGCCCCCGGCCAAGCGAGAGGAGGUGGAGAAGCUUCUCAAUGGCUCUGCGGGGGACACCUGGAGGCAUCUGGCAGGCGAGCUGGGCUACCAGCCUGAGCACAUAGACUCCUUCACCCACGAGGCCUGCCCAGUCCGUGCCCUGCUCGCCAGCUGGGCUGCCCAGGACAGUGCCACCCUCGACACCCUCCUGGCUGCGCUGCGCCGUAUCCAGAGAGCUGACAUUGUCGAGAGCCUGUGCAGCGAGUCCACAGCCACGUCCCCGGUGUGAGCCCGCCGGGAGCCCCUGCCCCACCCCCACAUUCCAAUGACUGACGCUCCAGCCAACCCCCAUGGGCCACGUCAGAGCUGAGCUCCUCUGGGCAGGACCUCAGUGCCCAGGCCCCAGAACCACAGCCCUGCCACCGCUCCCUGUGGCUCUUCGCUUCUGGCCACACUCCCUCCAGCGCCAGAAGUGCCCCUGCUGCCUCUCCCACCGCCCUCACCCCCUCACAUCUCAGGCCUCUGCUCCUUCUCCUCACAUUUCUAGGUGGGCCGGCCCCUCCCACCUUAGCAGGUGUCAUAGCUGGGGGCUGACACCAGGGCUGUGUUAGGGGCCGUACCAAGGCCCCAGAGCCUCAGAGGGAGAGACUGAAGACCCAGAGCCAGGGACUCUACACUGUGAACUUGGGGAGCGAGGGCUCAUCAGAGUGGCCUAAACCCUCCCUCAGCCCCCCUCACCUUUCCCCUUUGGCCUAAGAUGAAGAGGAUCAGAGGCUUGAGUGACUGGAAGAGGGUUUUGAAAUCUAGUGCACCCCUCCCCCAUUUUACAUAUAGGACAGUGAGGCCCAGAGAGAGGCAGUGACUUGCCCAAAGCUGCCCAGCAAUGGGAGGCCAAAUGUGGGCCGCUCCCCUCCUCUCUGAAUGAUGGACAAAGGCCUCAGGUUUGCUUGAGGGCUGGGAGAUCAGGCCAGGCGACCCUCUGGAAAAUACCUCCAAGCCAAACCCAGCCUGCCUGCCGCGUCUCCAGGCCCGCCCUACCCCUGUGGAGACGAGAUGCUUCACCCACGCCCGGUCGACCCAUCCAUCGUGACUCAAGUCAGGUUUGGGGGUUGUGGAAAGGGGUGCUACUUCCCUCUGUCUGCCCCCCUCAGGCAUGUCAGUGUGGCAUCCACGGGGUGGCCCAGUCUGUUGUGGCCUCCACUCAGGCACAGACCCGCAGCCAAUACAAGCAGCACCUCUUCCUACAGUCCUGGGGGUGGGGGACGAAGGAUCCCCCAACCUGCCGCAUGUAGUAGACAGACACAGAGGAUGAGAAAUCCUGCUUUCUCCACGAGUUCCUUCUCAGGCUGGGACCGGAUCCUGCUCCGUGCAGCUGCCAGAGAAGCAUCCAAGGGAAUGGAGCCCUGCUCCGGUCUCCCUCGCCCGCCCCCGCGUUUGGCGGGCCAAGGACGGCUGAGCUGGCGUCUGCCUUCUAAGGGCCUGCACGUGGAGGAAUCUCCCCACCCCUGCUUCCCUGCAGCCCAGGUUUGGCUGGCCCCGAAGGUUCCCAUGCAGAAGAGUGGACCCUGCGGGAAGGUGGCGAGAAGGAACUGCGUGAUGGCAACCCUGCAGGCAGCCCUACAGGGUCUCUCUCGAGCCCUCUCUUGAGCUUCGAGGACCCUACAAAGGACUGUUUUUCCCCUCGCUUGGUGCCAGGGGGGACCCUGAGGUCUCAGGAGGUCCCUCCCUGGCUGUUCUGUAUUGCUUGAUGUUGGAAUGAGUGUGGUCCCCCCUUUAUUUAGCAUGAUUGAGCCCCGGCAGGGUAUGCACGGACUGUUACCCCCUCCUCUGCCCAGGGUUCUCCCCACCCUGUCUAAGGGGCUACAUUGUACGUAGAUGGCAUUUCUGUGACCUCGACCUGUGAUGGGAGGAGGAAACUCACCUGCUGGCCCCUCACCUGCGCUCCUGGGGAGUGGGACAGGGUCUGAGUGUAUUUAUUCUCCUCCCCACAGUUGGGGGAGGGGGUUGGGGGUUUGCAAGUAUGGCUUAGCAUGUGUUUGGUUCUGGGGCCCCUCCUGCCUCCUUUUGGGCUGAGAUGGAACCCUUUUGGCUCCCAGCUGGGGGCUGGGAGCCCCAGACUCCCUGUUAACCUCCCUGUCACCUGCCCCUUGCAUUCUGUGUAAUCAUUUCUAGGGCCCUCCCAAACCUACACAUAAAACAUAAAUGAAGAACAUUAAAUAGCAAAGAAAGCAAAGUGGUGUAAAGGAAUUUUCUGCAAAU